AUGUUCAUUGUUGCCUUACUUGGAAAUAGUCUCCUCCUGAUUGUAAUCAAAGUAGAUUCAAGCCUCCAGACUCCAAUGUAUUUUUUCCUUAGCCAGUUGUCCUUCAUGGAUAUGUGUCAAGUCCUUGUUAUUGUUCCCAAAGCAGCAGUGGGUUUUGUAACACAGCAGAAAACAAUUUCACUUAUAGGAUGUGCGGCUCAGAUUUUUCUGAUCCUGAAUCUAGGAGGAGCAGAAUGCCUCCUGUUGGCAGUCAUGUCAUAUGACCGGUAUGUGGCCAUUUGCCGGCCCUUGCAAUAUCCGGUUCUCAUGAGGAGAAAAAUCUGCAUAGGCAUGUCAGCAGGCGCAUGGAUUUCAUCUUUUCACUACGCAUUGAUGAAAGCUAUUUAUUUGCUGCCUCUUUCAUACUGUGGAUCAAAUGUGAUAAACCAUUUUUUCUGUGAAUUCCAAAUCCUGAUAAAGUUUUCCUGUUCAGAUACAUCCACCUUUGAAAAAGUGUCAUUAUUCCUUGGUAGCAAUUUACUGCUCCUUUUCCCAGUCUUAGUCAUUGUGGCCUCCUACAUAUCCAUACUUCUGCAAAUUCUGAGGGCAAGGCGUUCAGGGGAAAGAAGCCACAAAGCCCUGAGUACUUGUUUGUCCCACCUCUGCGUGGUAGCCAUCUUCUAUGGGUCGGCCAUCUUGAGGCACCUAAGGCCGGCUUCCUACUACUCAGCAGAGAUUAACCAGUUUUUUUCUGCAUUGUGUACAAUUUUCACAUCUACAGCAAAUCCUUUCAUAUAUAGUCUGAGAAAUCGGGAUGUAUUAGCAGCACUCAGAAAACUGUUUAGAAACUGA